CUCCAGGCCCACCAAUAGUCUGCACCACGAGUCCGCUCAUAAUUUAGGCCCAUCAGAGUUCGAUCAUAUACCAGCCCAACAAUUCCUCGCCCACACCCUCCACGUGGGUUUUUGUCCCCAGAAUCCUCAGUCGGCAAAGCGAACUCUAGAACCAACCAGCCCGUUCGUUGAGAAGAGGCGGACCCGGAGGGCAAGGACCGAUACGGCCGGGAAAAAGAUAUGCCACCGUCACCGCACCAUUUGCCGUCCCGUUUGCUCACCGCCUCCUCUCCUUCCUUCUUCCGCCGCUCGACGCCUACAUCCGUUCCUCGCUCCGCCGCCGCCGCCGCCGCCGUCAUGUCCUUCUCUUCUUCUCCCCACUCGACUCCGCCGCCGCCGGCGACGGUAAUACCGGAGGCGGACCCGGGAAAGCUCAGCCAAGUCCUGACUUACCACAACCAGACUAAGCACUCGAUGCAUAAGUACGCCAGAGGGCCUCACGGCCUCGACUGGGCGAACCAACCCAACCCAUUUCGCCGGUACCCUUCCGUCCCACUCCUUCCUCUCGGCGGCGAGGAUUCUUCUUCUUCUCCUCUGUAUCAGUCCAUCUUCGAAUCACUCCCUUCCCCACCCCGAUCCCUCUCCAAAUCCUCCAUCUCCCAGCUCUUCUACCAUUCCCUCGCCCUCUCCGCCUGGAAAACCAUCGGGUCAUCGACCUGGUCCCUCCGGGUCAACCCGAGCAGCGGCAAUUUGCACCCGACGGAAACCUACCUCAUCGCCCCGCCGAUCGAAACCCUAUCAGAUUCUGCUUUCGUUGCGCACUAUGCUCCCAAGGAGCAUUCUCUGGAGGUCAGAGCUUCCAUCCCGUCCGAUUUCUUCCCAAGGAAUUUGCUCCCCGAGGGUUCGUUUAUGGUCGGGAUCUCUUCGAUUUUCUGGCGAGAGGCUUGGAAGUACGGGGAGCGGGCGUUUCGAUACUGCAACCAUGACGUUGGUCAUGCGAUCGCUGCGAUCUCCAUUGCCGCCGCUGAGCUCGGUUGGGACGUGAAAUUGCUGGAUGGGUUAGGGUUUGAGGAGCUGGAGAGGCUCAUGGGGCUUCACCCAUAUCAGGACUUCCCAAUUCCUGAUAAACCGAUGAAAGGCAGGAUUCCGGAUAUCGAGUUCGAGCAUCCGGAUUGCGUGCUUCUCGUCUUUCCUGGUGAGCUCUGUGACUUGAAUGUGAACUAUCAAGAACUGUGCGCUGCAGCUAUGAGAUUUGACAGCUUGGAUUGGACGGGAACCCCGAAUUCGCUGAGUAAGGAGCAUGUGUGUUGGGAUGUCAUUUACAGAACGGCAGAGGCCGUUAAGAAGCAGUCAUCACUUGAAGAAGCUGGAUUCUCCAAUAUUGAACCAUUUCAAGGGAGUGGAGUUUUCAGUGCAAGUUCCUACAAGGGGUUUACAGUGAAGGAAAUUGUUAGGAAGAGGAGGAGCGCAGUUGACAUGGAUGGGGUUACUGAGAUAGAUAAGAACACUUUUUACCAGAUCAUGUUGCACUGCAUUCCUUCUGGCUCUGGAAGCGGAGGGAAGCAGCAGCGACGACAGAAGAAGCAAUCGGCAUUGCCAUUUCGUGCUCUCUCGUGGGAUGCCGAGGUGCACGCAGCCUUGUUCGUUCAUCGGGUGGGUGGGUUGCCUAAGGGACUGUAUUUCCUGGUGAGGAAUGAGGAUCAUUUGGACGAGCUGAAGAAAGCCACUAGACCCGACUUCAAGUGGGAGAAACCAGAGGGAUGUCCUGAUGAUUUGCCCUUGUACGAACUUGGUAGAGGAGAUUGCCAGCAGAUUUCCAAAGCACUUUCAUGCCACCAGGAUAUUGCCAGCGAUGGCUGCUUUAGCCUUGGAAUGGUGGCGCGUUUCGAGCCUGCAUUGCGAGGCAAGGGUGCAUGGAUGUACCCUCGAUUGUUCUGGGAAACUGGAGUGUUAGGACAAGUUCUGUACCUGGAAGCACAUGCAGUUGGCGUCUCUGCUACUGGAAUUGGCUGCUUCUUCGAUGAUCCUGUCCAUGAGCUACUCGGAUUAAGAGGGUCGAGAUUCCAGAGUCUGUAUCAUUUCACUGUUGGAGGUCCUGUUUUGGACAAGCGAAUUAUGAGUCUUCCAGCUUAUCCUGGACCUGAUAUGGAUUCAUGACAAAUGAAAUCAUUCAUUCAAUCACAGUUUAUCGGCAUUAAUAUGUAAGUAUGUUAUUAUUUUUCUACCAAAAGAAAAAAGAAGUAUUGUAUUAUGUUAUGCAGAAGACUUCGUAGUUUGAGUGUAGAAUGAAUCUGUAUACCUCUGGUCUUCAGUGUUAAACCCUUGUAAUGAUAGAAUAUAUAUGCCUAUGUUAGCCAUUUCAGUAGUCUUGUAGACACAUAAAGAAAGCUUAAAUGAUAUCCAAAGAAGAACACCUCUCCAGGUGUACACAUCAUUAUAUUUACCC